AUGUCCAUGAGCAAAUCGUAUUUGAGAUACUCUCCCGAUGGAUCGUUCGGGUUAGUCUCAAGUCCUGGAUGCAAUACAAUCAGUUGGAAAGGAGGAGAGCAGGCCAUUACAGGCGCACUUGAGAGUGUAUUAGUGUGGGAUGUAAGGAAAGGGCUAGUACUGCAGUCACUUACUAGUAGUGAUAUUACCAAAGCUGUCACAUGCUUGGUCGGAUCGCCGGAUAAAAAACAUAUCGCUGCGGG